GUGACGUCGCCGCUUCCUUGAACUUUAACCCUAAAAUAACCUUCAUUAGUGUACAUGGUGUACAUGUGUGAUAACAGAAGCUGCACACUGUCCGAAGGACCUGUAUAAUAUUAUAAAAUGGCUAGAUAUCUUGCACAGAUCAUUGUGAUGGGAGCACAGGUGGUGGGACGUGCGUUUGCGCGUGCUUUACAGCAAGAAUUUGCAGCCAGUCAAGCAGCAGCAAAGGCCAGGGGCCGCACAGGUCAGCAGUCUGCUGCAGCCUCUAGCAUCACUGGGAUGAGCCUGCAAGAGGCGCAGCAAAUCCUCAAUAUCAGCACACUCACUCCUGAAGAGAUUCAGAAGAACUACGAGCACCUUUUUAAAGUCAAUGACAAGUCAGUGGGCGGGUCGUUUUACAUACAGUCAAAAGUGGUGCGGGCUAAAGAGCGUCUAGACGAGGAAUUAAGUAUUCAGACACAACAACAAAAACCGCAGUCACAGCAGAACAUGGAAACAUGAAGUAUGAACGGAUGCUUGUCCUGUCUUUCCUCUCCCCAUCCUCUGUAAAUUAUAACCCAAUAAAAGCCUUCUCCUUUUCUCUA